AGAGUCAUCAACCUGUUCAGAAAACAAAAGUUUUCCGAAAUGCAGCUAAAUCAUACCUUAAAAAAAGCAUUCCGAGUUCAUCUAAACUAAAAUUUUUGCUGUUUGAGCGUAAUCGUGGUUAUUUCAGUGAACGGUUAGUCAGAUCUAAAUUUGUAUUACCCUCAAAAAAGUUCUCUCUCAGCCAAAAUGUGUACCCAUCUGUUGUGCGACUGCGAACAUGAAAGCAUUAAAAAUUGCCCUUAUUUUGCAUGCGUGUUGACGGGAGAACGUUGAAGAAAUUAAAACACAUUCCGUUCGAAACUUACUUUGUAUCUCACAGAGUCAUCUCUCUGAGUGGCGAUGUUGAAGAGAAUCCAGGGCCAUCAAAUCAAUGCAGUGCAACCAAUACUUGUAAUUUAGCAGCAUAUCGUUCCUCAAUGGCUAAUUCAGUUUCAUUAUUGGAAACUAGGUUGUCUGAAUUAAAUAGAACUGCAGUUGAUGUUGGGGGAGGUGGUGACUGCUUUUUUCGAGCUGUUUCACAUCAGCUUUAUGGCAAUCCUAAUAACCAU